AUGGGUGUAUUAUUAUUUGGUGCAGCUGUUUUCAUUUAUAGAAUGAUCUAUAAAUGGUUAUUUGCAAAGCCACUCGCUUCCUACAAUCAGAAGCGUAUCAUUGUCACUGGUGCCAGCAGUGGUAUAGGUGUAGAAAUAGCAAAACAAUAUGCCAAUAUGAAUUGCAAAGUUGCAAUUGUUGCAAGAAGAAGAGAACAAUUGGAACAAACAAGAACAGAGAUACUGGCAGAGUGUAAAUCUACCGGCGAAUCUGAUGUUAUGGUUGUGGUUGCUGAUCUUACAAAGGAGCAAGACUGUCGCUCGAUGGUUGAGCAGGUCGUCGAGAAGUGGGGUGGUAUCGAUAUCUGUGUUUGGAAUGCAGGUGCCGGCUCACUCGUUGAAUUCGCAAAGCUGAAAGACUUUAAGGUAUUCCACGACAACAUGAACAUCAACUUCUUCUCCAAUGUCUAUUGCACCUCAUUUGCACUUCCCUACCUCAAGCAAACCAAAGGAUCGAUUGUCGUAGUGAGUUCACUCGCCGGCAAGUUUGGAACUGCUCUGCGUACCUCGUACUCGGCAUCGAAGCAUGCACUCCACGGAUUCUUCAACUCGCUGCGUAACGAAGCACCAGAGAUUCAGGUCACCCUCAUCUGUCCAGGUUUCGUACAGACCGAGUUCCACGCCAAAGCAACAACCACCACCGGUAAACCACUAGAGCGUGAAUCAACUCACUUUAUGACACCAAAGCAAUGUGCUGAACAUAUCAUUGAGAGUGAAAGAUUAGGUGAAAGAGAAGUACUUUUAGGUUUGAAAGCAAAGGUUGGUAACUAUCUUAUGCCAUUCAUACCAAGAUUUAUUGACUACAUGUCAAAUAAAACCGCUGUUGCAUCUGUAAAGAAAGAUCAAUAA